UCGGCCGAUGUUGCAGAUCGACCCAACGUUCUAACCCGCCGGAAUGACGAUUUUAUAUACAUUUUUAAUUCAUUGUUAAUCGUCUCGACCUUAAAAUUUUUUGCUUUUUUUAGCGUUUAAUUUCUCCCGCAUCGUUUGCACUAAGGCCAGUGCCCAAAAUUCAUGAAAAUUCUAAAAUUAAAAGCUGAUGAGUAUGGAUCAGUCACCUAACCUCACUUCGAAUUUUCGAAAUCCAAAUUCUUUUUGACACACUUUGACCGAUUAAAAAAAGGUGCUAUCAGCCCAUGCAGGGCUCGAUGGUAAAAAUGAGCUGGACAUUUGUAUUAUUUCGAUCGGCCAAACGGUGUGGAAAAAUGUCACUUUCAAAACUUGCAGCUAUCUUUCUCGCACUCACGCUUGCGAUAUACCGAUUGAUCCGUGCUCCUAAAUCGAAAAAAAACUGUUUGAUGCAACCAUCAAUGAUUUUCUCUUUCACCAUCGAUUUCCAAGCUAAUAAUCAAUAUUCGUGGACUCUCGAAAAAAAAUUUAAUAAAAAACAUUCGAAACACUUGAGAGAGCAAGUAAGCUACUACAGAUGAUCCGUGUAGACAUUGCGAGUAUCCCACUCGUUAGCUGUCACUCCUAUUUGACAUAAGCUCCGAAUAAUAUUAUCGUAGAAUCUUAUUUGACAUAAGAAUCAAAUAAAAUCGUCAUGUUCUGUUGAAAUGCAGGCUCGUCAAUCAAAAGCUCGAAAUAUUAUUAAAUGGUGUAUUUACUUGUUUCUAUUUUUCCUAAUGAUGACCGUCGUAACGUGGGCUUGUAUCUAUCUCGGUCAGGAUGUCACGCCGUCAGGACCACCCGAAUAUGCAACUGAAGAAGAAAUUCCAGAUCAUGACCCAGCAAGCGCAUACGAUAAAGAAACUACAGUGAGAAGCGUUUUAAUAAAUUUAUCAUCAACCACAACAGCCCUGAAACCAACGAUCACAAGAUUGUGGACUUCGACAUACUCGCCGUCAACGAAGCCCAAGACAGGUGUUACAAAAUCGAGCGUUCCGUCAACAACACCGUCCACGAGGAACACCAAAAUUUCUUCCACAACGAAAACAACAACUCCCAGUAAAACUGACAUCAGUAAAUCGAAAAUUCCCACCGCUUCGACCAAGAUUACCGAAGUUAUGGAACCCGAAUGCGAAAUCGACAUUAUGACUCCCCGUCCUAUCCCCAUGGGCAGUGAACCGUAUACCAAAAACACAACUAGAGUAAGUCAGACUUCUGGUGAUUCUGUCAAAAGUUUGGGGACAAUAGAGCAAGAAGUAAGGACAACUCGGUUGCAUUCAACUAUUUUUCAAGGGACGACAACCCGAUCGGAGGGAUUAACAACGGUUUCGCUAACAACGAAAAGUCAAAUGCAUCAAUCACGAGCUACGAGGCCAACUUCGAGGACAACUGGGAAAUCUAAGACCUCAGUAAAAUUGACGUCGAAAAAGAAAAAACAGACGACGGUUAAAUCGAUCAGCUCGAAGAUUCCUGAACAAACGUCUCGGAGCUCUACAACUUCUCUUGGUGCUACGACGCCUUAUUGCGAAAUUCAUACUCUACCGGAAGUCUUCCACGCUACGAGCCUCAAGAAAACUUCCACUCGUCGGACAACUGGGAAAUCCAAGACCUCAGUAAAAUUGACGUCGAAAAAGAAAAAACAGACGACGGUAAAAUCGAUGAGCUCGAAGAUUCAUGAACAAACGUCUCGACGUUCUAAAACUUCUCUUGGUGUUACGACGUCUCAUUACAAAAAUCGUACUUUAUCGGAAGUCUUCCACGUCACGAGCCUUAAGAAAACUUCCACUCGUCGGACAACUGGGAAAUCUAAGACCUCAGUAAAAUUGACGUCGAAAAAGAAAAAACAGACGACGGUAAAAUCGAUGAGCUCGAAGAUUCCUGAACAAACGUCUCGGCGUUCUAAAACUUCUCUUGGUGUUACGACGUCUCAUUACAAAAAUCGUACUCUAUCGGAAGUCUUCCACGUCACGAGCCUUAAGAAAACUUCCACUCGUCGGACAACUGGGAAAUCUAAGACCUCAGUAAAAUUGACGUCGAAAAAGAAAAAACAGACGACGGUAAAAUCGAUGAGCUCGAAGAUUCCUGAACAAACGUCUCGGCGUUCUAAAACUUCUCUUGGUGUUACGACGUCUCAUUACAAAAAUCGUACUCUAUCGGAAGUCUUCCACGUCACGAGCCUUAAGAAAACUUCCACUCGUCGGACAACUGGGAAAUCUAAGACCUCAGUAAAAUUGACGUCGAAAAAGAAAAAACAGACGACGGUAAAAUCGAUGAGCUCGAAGAUUCCUGAACAAACGUCUCGGCGUUCCAAAACUUCUCUUGGUGUUACGACGUCUCAUUACAAAAAUCGUACUCUAUCGGAAGUCUUCCACGUCACGAGCUUCAAGAAAACUUCCACUCGUCGGACAACUGGGAAAUCUAAGACCUCAGUCACGACGACCGAGCGAGCCCCGAGCUCGGGAAGGGGGACCGGGUUCGAUGCGAGUGAAGCUCCAUCGAGCCCUGGUGAAACUUCAAGCACCCUGGAAGAAAGCUUUCUUACGGAUCCGCACGUGAGCGCCGACACGACUGUAGAGGCUUCGGUACAUUCGACCAGCGUAACGGAAACUUCGGAAACGCAGUCAAAGGAGACUGCGAUGAUGCCUACGAACUUGACCGAUGCAACAGAAGCUCCUGGGUCGUCUCACGAAUCGGAGACAACUUCUACGGGAGCUCUGGACAUGACGGAGCCGAAGGGUGUUACGGAAGUGGCCAAGAGUUCCACGUCGGCUUUGGAGUCAUCGGAAAGUAAUGCAACGUCAGAACUGCUCGAGACCGGAACUCCUUCAUCGGUAUCGAAAACGGUUAAGACCGCGGAAAUUCUGGAUGUAACGACGCCGAUGAAUAUCACUGGAGCAGACACAAGUUCAGUGUCACCUUUCAAAUUGAGUGAAACUUCUGCAUCGGAGACGACAACGACCGCGACCACGGAAGACUUGGGUACUUCAGAGUCUGCAACAGUCACUACCACGGAUCCUUCGUCCGGAGUGGUGCUUACGAAUUCGACUGACACAACCGAAGUUCCCAAUCUAACACAGCAGUUGGAGAAAAAUCUCACUUCGGUAUCAGCAACGGCUACGAGUACCGAAGCUUUGAGUACGCUGCUUACCGAAAUAGACGAAAGUCCAAUUUCCACUGCCUCGUUGAUCGGAACCCCGACAUCGGAGUCGAGCAUGUCGGUGACUCUCGAGGGGGUACGAACUCCCAGUAGUACAGUCCACGAACCCGAGUUCAUCGAGAGCAAAGAAAAUAAAAGUACAAGCAGCGAGUCUGAGGAAACAACAGACGCCCUGGACGACGGUGAUACAGAAGCCGGUGAAACUUCGACCUCGACUCCUAUCCACGUGGAGCAAAAGUCCUACCGAAAUGUCUCCUACGUCCCCGGGGAAAGAUGAAUUAAGCGAAGUCACUCCUGUCGUUACGCUCGUUGGUCGGCACGGGAACGCAGAGGCCGGGGGGUAAUCAGCUCCAUUGAGGUCCGUCCAAAGAGAAGAAGAAGAAGAAUCCUAUCCUUAGGCCUGUGGGAGUUGGCGUAAAUAUUUGAAUGCAGAAUUUUACUAGUAACCGCGUUUAUGCCAUAAAGUUGCAAUUGACCGAGCGGUAUGGCAAUUUUGAGUGCUCGUUUCACUGGAAAUAACGGAUUUCUGCAGCGAUGAUAAUGAUGGUGUUCGAUGAAAUAUUUGCCAUUUUUCCAGAGCUCACUUCCAUUACAGUAUAAAUAAAAACUUACGUUCUGUGUUAUGAGAGAUUUUACAAUUAACAGAUUCGAGUGGACCGUCAGCACUAGGUUGGAAACUCGAAUCACCCGCAGUUGCAUACAUUUAUUUGAGCUUCCAGAUGUUCUCACAAUCACUGUGUAGGUACGACGAAUUCGUGUUAUUUUUGUGAAUGCUUAGCUGUUUGUAAUAAAGGUCGAUUUAUUGAAUCUUCAAAA